CUCUAUCCUCUCUCUCCUAUCUUUUCCGUAAAAUCCUCUCAAGUCAAUUACCAUCUUCUUCUUUCACUGGAAUUCUUUGAUUUGAGUUCUUUCUUUAAACAUAGUGCGAAUCGGGGUUGCGAGAUGCAGAUUGCAGGGACAACAAUGGAGGCAAAGCUUUUCAUUCGAUUGACGGUUAAGGAUAAAAUAAAACAUGGAAAGGUAUGGUAGCAGUUUAAUUUUGCUUCCAUCCAUACAAUUGGGUUUAAUCUUCUUUUUUCUCUUUCUUUUUAUUAUAACUUCAAUCAAUUUCUUUUGUGUAAAGUUAGUGUUGAAUCAUUAGAGUAUAUGUUUGCAAGCCACAUGUUUGAUAAAAUGUCCCAAAGAUUUAUUUGGUGCAAUAAGCGAUGGUACGCAUUGGGGUUCUAGAGAAGCAUCCAAUCGCUUGACUUUUCAUACUCUCAUGCUAGCGUAGAUAUAAGCCGUGUCCAACAAAAACUCCAUGCCGACAACACCUCCACGCUAUUGCCUACCAUGUUCCAGCCGCUUCUACUGUCAGAUUUCAACAAACUACUCUCGUGUAUUUUGAGGUUUUCAAAUAGUUUUCAGUAUUUGAUUAGUUAUGGGGUAAUUGUCGAGGGGAAUUUUGAUCUUCCAUAUAAUCUAUCCACAGCAAACGGAUAAUACAUCGUCCCCUUUUGCAAUUUUCUUUAGGUAUGACAGCUUUUGGGAUUUUCAAAUCUUACUUUUUCAAAAAAAUAUAAUAUCAGUGCUUAUUCAUAUGAUUUAUUAAUGAUUUCGUUCUUCUAUUUGUUGUUCAUAGGUUUUGUGGGUUAGUGGCCUAGAUGCUUGCAAGAUUAGUGUUUGAUAUAAACUUUUAGGGGCUGUUUGUUUCAGCCUCUUAAUGGUUCAGAUGUCUGAAUGGUUCAACACUUAAUAGUUCAGACUGUUUGUUUCAGCCUCUUAAUGGUUCAGAUGUCUGAAUGGUUCAGACAUUUGCCUUUGAAUGGUUAAGUACGGAGUAUUAUACAGAGUCUCAAUGGUUAAGACCUCUUAUCUGAAUUGAUCAGACAUUUGCCUCUGAAUAGUUAACCAAUAUACUAGCUCUUAAUGGUUCAGACAUCUUACUGGUUCAGCACUUAAUGGUUCAGAUCUCUUACUAGUUCAGCACUUACCUAUUCAGAAGUUGCCAAACAGCCCCUUAGUAUACUCACUUCUAUAACUAUUUUUGUUCUAUGGAUGAUUUACGUGUUUUCCUAAAAAAAAUUUGGUCCUUUUUCUCUCAAACACAUUUUGUAUACUUUUGAAGUAAAUACUUAUUCAUUAUGCUAAUUAAAAAAAGGGAUUGUAUUCACCUCAUGUUUGUUUUUGUUUUUUUAAAUCAAUUUUUGCACCCAAAGGGCGCAGUUCACUUUAGUCUAAUGGUUCAUAUGAGAACAUUUAAAAUUCAAAUGAUUUCAUCCAAAAAGUGAAACGCUCCGUCUAAAUUGAUGAUUUAUUAUGCAAUUUAAUCCCUUUAUUUCUGUGGUGGCCAGAGAAAGUAACAUUUAGGUUUGGAAAAUGUAAGUUGGAUAAAUUUUUUCUUAGAAUAAUUUACAAUAUAAAGGUUGUCAAAGGUGAGCAACUAUAUUUUAAUCGAUCCAAAUAAGGUAUUGGCUACCACUGAUUUGUGAUUGAUUUUCCAUUAAAAAAACUAACCUUGUUCCAAUUUUAAAAUCUCACUCAUGAUGUUUUUUUUUUAAAAAAAAUUCUUCUUAUCUUAAUUUUAAUACUAAUUUCCUUUCAAGUUACUAAUGAAAAUAAGUUUGUUCUGGUAAUGUGCAUGUUUUCGAGCAGCAUAUAGAGAAUGUUGUUGGCAUUGCAUACAAAAUGGAUCUUCUAUUUUUUGUGCAAAAGGGAGGUCAACUGCAAAGUCCACAUUGAAUAGAGAUAUGGUACACAAGCCGACAUACUUUGUUCCUUGUAGUCUCAAUUUGAUUUAAAUCUUAUUGAUUAUAAUAAUUUUUUUCAUUUGUCUAGAUGGUCAAUACUCUGCAAAUUUAAAAAGUGUGGCAGUGAUUAACUUUUACACUAUAUUUGCUUCAAAGAAUUUGGAAGGAAAAGAAAAGAAAAUGAUUUUUCCUCAUUUUUCUCAUUAAAUGGAAAAGAAUGUUUGAUUAUGUUUAAAGAUAACCUCUUUUUAAUAUUUAGUCUUUUGAAAUUGAAUCAAGGCUUGAAAGAAUUGGUUAAGUAGGUUUGGUCAUCCUAGGUCAAGGUUAGCAUCCAAAUAGCAUAAACAUGAACUAAACCUCUUUUUGAGUGUCUUUGAACUAGAAACAGGGUAUUAGAAGCUACCACACCCUUCAUCUAAAUCUGAUUUUAAUUUUAUUGAAAUAAAAUUCUCCUUGCUUUUAGGCUGUUAUUGACAAAGGCCAUGUUCUUGAGGGAGGAUGCACUCUUCAGAUACAUUCUGCAUGAGUGGAUGCUCAAGGAGAGCCUUGCUAAUACCUUGAUACAUGUGUGUACGAGCAUGUAUGUGUGUGUAUGUGUAUAUAUAUGAGCACGUGGGGUUGGUUUCUUGAUGUGUUUCAGUUUUUAAAUACAUUUGGUUACAAAUUGAUUGCUACAACUCCUACAAGCCUACAUGUGAAUUUUCUAAAUCUAGGUACAUUAUUUUUUUUCUUUGUACCUUUGUUUUCUUCAAUGGACCUUUUCUACUUUUUCUUUUAAAAAAAUUGUGAACUUAAUCCACAAUGCAUGUUUCUUUUUCAGUUUUUUCCGUAUGCUCAAAUUUGAUUAAAAUAAGACAUACAUGAGGUAAAUCAGGUAAUGAAGAUGUUUCCCUCAGCAGUUUGCCAAGGUUCACAAGGCUCAAGGUUUCUUCCCAAUCUUGCUCACUCAUUCGUUACGAUAUGUGUUUUGGCCUAUUCUUAAAUGUUUAAACGGGGCUUAGUUAGGAAUAUGUGGUAUGUCUUUAACUGAUAUUUUCUUUUGCAGUGGGUGAGGAAUAUGUGUUUCUGUUCUUCAGCUCAUAAUUUUCCCAGUUUCAUUUCAAAAUAAGAUUGUUUUACUCCUAUGUUCUACAAAUUGAGACAUUUUGUUUAAUUGAGGUUAUACUGUCAUCUUCGUUUUCAUAUGCACUACAAGAGUAGUUUUGACUCAGGAGGUUAUAUUUCCUGUGCAAUUUGUGAUCUUGUAGUUUAGACACAUAUGCUAAUUGUACUCUUGUAGACGGUUCUCAUUACCUCAAAUGGAGCUUGUUGUAUCUGAUCUUGUUAUAUCUACUCAAUCAUCCAGUGAUCCAUCUAACUUUCAGUUUCUCCACUAUGCUGGGAGUAAAUGGUCAUCAAAUUAGACACUAACACCUCAAUUUACUUUGUUAUAUGCUUACACUAUAUAGUCUUACAAAUUUUUCAAGUAUCACUGUAUUAUGUUAGUUAGAUCUUUAAGCUUUCUGGUACAUAUAUUAAUGUACAAAAUUUGAUAUACCAAACGCCAUUAUUGUAUUUAAACUCAAUCCAUGUCAGAAUAAUUGGUGCCACUGAUGAACAAGCAACAUGUGAUGUACUCUCCAGGAAUAUGAUGUUGAAGAUUCUAUAUGCUCCUUCAGCCAUCAUUUAACUACACUGCUCCUAAAUUGGUUCAAAGGCAAAUUUUCCCAGGAACUAUAUUCCCAAAAUGGACUGUGUUUAGUUCAUGCUAUAUGAAUGGUGUUGAUGGUUUCGUACCCUUCAUUAUGGUGAUGCUUUUUUGUCCAUAUGAGCUUAAUAUGUUGUCAAUUCAUUUCUCUAUUAUUCAAAGUUCUUUUGACCUUAUGUUGUCUUGAAUUAGGCACAAUUCAACCUAAAUUUGAUACAAAUUAUGUUCCUGCAUGAGAUGUCUGGGCACUAUAGCCACUGCAGAAUCUUAAACCCAGGUUUAAUAGAGAUUUUUUAGUACUACAUAUUCAUACCAUUAGGUCUACACUCUAUUGGAUUUACUUUAAUCUCAAAAUCUCAUGACGUUGCAACUAAAAGGCUUCUAGGAAAAGAUGUCAUAGUUGAAAUCUCCGAUCAGAUGUGUACAACAAUUGAUAGUCAACCUCAUUUUUCAAGGAAAUCUUUUGGAGAGAGUUAAAUAUAGACAUAGGGAGUACUUAAUUUCCUCUUGUAUUAUUUUAUGUUUGAAUUUAUUUUGCGGUUUGCGUGUACCCUUCACUACCCUUCACUGUAAGAGAUGUUUGGGCACUAUAGCCGCUGCAUAAUCUUAAACCUAGGCUUAGUAGAGAUUUUUUAGUAUUACAUAUUCAUACGUUUAGGUCUACACUCUAUUCGCUCUACUUUAAUCUCUAAAUCUCUUGAGGUUGCAACUAAAAGGGUUUCAUUUUUUAAUAUUUGGUAUAUCAACUUUGAUUGGUAUAUCAUGUUUGACCUUAUGUUAACUUUUAAAAAAAUUAAAAUUCAUCCAUGAGAGUUUAUGCCAUUGAGAUUCCUUCAAGUGGGAGCAUUCAAUCAAUUACACGUUACUCUGUAGUUUAUAACAACUAAUAAUUAUUUUCUCAUUUCAUUGAUGCUUUAAAAUGCAAAACGAUGUAGAUUCUUUCAUUAGAUGAGUUUUAACUUAUGAUAUCUUAUGUUAAUGUGCUUUUCUCAUAUUCCUUUACAAUGUGGAGGGACAAACCUAAUUGUAUACAAUGAUGCUGCCAACCCUUUUGUUGGUUCAAACCCAUUAAACCCAAGAAUUUGUUCUUGACUAGCUUUGGGAGAUAAACUUCAAAGGCUCUAUACUCUUCCUAAAAGAAUGUUCAAUAUGCCUAAUGUUUCAUGGAUGAUGAAUAAUAAAUUAUCUGUGAUCACUACUUAGGGCUAAGGGAUAUGAUUAAGCCAAAGACAAUAUGAUAUAUUUUUAGAUUAUGUUAAUUUGUCUUUUUCCCAUAAUUAAAAGUCUAUCAAAUGAUAGUGUCACAUGGAAUAUUUGUAACAUCUGUCUCUUAUAGAUUAUUUUUUAUGGUUUUAAAAAACAAUAAAUGCUUCUAAACCAAAAUCAUUCAAAGUGAAUACGAGCUUACUUAGGUUAUUAUUUUCACCAUCUAAGAUGACUUAUCUUGGUUGAAUGAAGGAUGAUAUUAUUAUAUUUAAGAAUUAAGAUAUUCUAAAUCAAAACCUACAAAAACUCAAGACCACAUACUUAUGUUCAUGGUUGAAAGUAAGGAUUCAUUGAAACUUACAAAAAUGUUAAGUUUAUAUAGUAUUAUUAUAGUUUAUUUAGAUAUUCCCCUCUAUUGGAUUUAUUAAGCUCUAAAAAUAUCUCUUUUAUUUAGAGAUCAAAAGAUGCAUCGUAUAAUCUAUAAGGAUGGUGGUUUUUUUAAAUGGAAAUGAACUAGGCUCCUCAUGGAAAGUUGUUUGAAGGUCACACAAGCUCACACAUUUCACAAUUACUUUUGCUUAUAAAAGAUUUUCUUUCAAACAACCAAUAUUUUGAUGUUGGAGCUCAAACAUUGAAUUGCAUUUACAUAUAGUGCGAUGGCAAGGUAAGAGCCUCUGUGAAUUGUUCAAUGAGCUUUUUUUCAUAACUUAUGUUUAGUGUCUUUUGCUCUUUUUAUUUUCCAAAAAAAAAGGUCAAGGGUAUACUUAUUUAAAUAUUCUUUAUUUUGCAGGUUAUAAAUACUCAAAGUGAAACUAACCUUGGUGGACGAAAAUCUAAAGUCAGAACAAGCGAUGACACGUGAAAAAGCUCAAGCACAUAUCUUAAUAUGGAGACAACACAAAUUUUUUUUGCAAAUUCUCAACUCCCAUUCAUUUGGUGAUGCCAAUUCUAUUUGUUAAGAUAUGCACCGCGCCGAAGUGGAAUUCCUUCCCAAAUUAUUCGACUCUUGCUCUGAUACGCGUAAUUCACGGCGAUGCUUCAGCAAUCCAUCGUAAUCCAACGCCGCAUCUGUAAAGAACGCUCGUAUUUCAACGAUUUUCCAGGUUUUGUGACUUUAUCUCCUGGUAAAGCAUCAGUGAUCUUUACAAAUGAUGCGCCGCUUAAUUUUGUCUACAAAAACUGCCAUCGAUAAUUAAGCCACCGGUAACUAUAUCACAUGUGCAGAAUUUUUAGAACGACUCGAAUUAUUUCUAAGUUUCUCUAUGUUCUGAUUCGAAUUUUCACAGUAGCCAUACAGGGAUUUCCAGGCAAAACAUUAGCAACCCACCAUACUCAAUCUUAAUGACAAGCAAAUUAUAUAAGAUGUGCAGAUUUCCAGGUAUGGUUCAUGAGAAUCUUAUAAUUCUAUGCCUUACCUUCUAUUUCUGGAAUGCUAGCUUAAUUAUCACUGGCGAAUUGAUUCCGUAUGCACCUUAUUUUAUCAAAACUUUUCAAGUCGGGUAUUUAUAUUCAAAGCUUCGACAUGGAAUGGUGGACCAUCUACAACAAGUUAUUUGGAUAGUUUUUAUCUUUUGAUAUCCAGUUACUGCAAGUAAAGAAGGAUAAUUUUUUAAUUACAGGUAUGCCUACAUUUGCGAGAACUUGGAACAUAAUUCUUGAGGUACUUGUGUAAAUCAACUGUGGUCGCUGCCAGAAGGAUCCACAACUGUAGGGCUUUCUUAUGGUGACACGAGCCUAUUUAUGUGCACUGAUUUUGUAAGCCUAAACCAUUUGAUCCUUCAAAUUAUAUUUAAAGAUUAGUAUAUUUUGUGCUUCUUUAGUACUCUGUUACCAAUUUCUUUCUGUUUUUUCUCUUUUCUAUUUUUAUCUCUAAAGAGUAAUUACUUUUUGAGGUUCACAUACAGAUACUGUACUACGCUCAGGGGUUCAAGUGUCAAAAGCCCCAACCCAUUUUCUCUCUCAUUCUCUUCUUCUUCCUCCCAAACCUCUCUUUUGGAUCUCCUCUUUCGUUUCCAUCAGCCCCCACCUCACAUAUUCAUCGUCAUCCCCCACCCCUCUCCUUUUCUUCACUGCCCCACCUUCCCCUCUUACCAGUGUGUUGGCAGCGGUGGAAGGGCGGCGACCCUCAGGUGGCGGCGUACGAGGGGCAUCUGUCCAGGAUUUUCCCUCAUUUUCCCCCCUUCUUCUUUAAUGGCAGGACCAAUUUGGGGGUUUUUUGUGGAUCUAGGCGCAGGUUAGAGUGUUGGACGAAGAAGAGUAGGCCAUAGGGGAAAGGGCAAAAGUGGAAACCCGUGCCAAGUGAGCUUGCAGGGCUUCCGCGGUUGUCACCACCACUAAUGGGCGACAAGGGGAAAAGGGGCAGAAGAUGAAACGAUGAAGAGCAAAAGAAUUUCAGGUAUCAUCUCAAAGUCUCAAAAUAUACCCCUUUUAUUAACUUAAUAUUUCUCUGUUAAUUUGCACGUAUGAAAAAGAAUGAUUCUCUAAACCCUAGGAAGCAAAUUCAGUAUGAUAAUAAAAAGAAGUAUGUCUUAAGAUGAAGUUUCAAUCAUGGCCAUCUCUAUUAGACGCAUACUGUUUAUCCUGCAGCGACCUCGCCGUGUUACUCCCUCUUUGACCCACGACUUCUCCUCCUCAGUUAUGUUCUCUUUGGAAAGCUUAGCCGCCUCAUUCAUGGCAGCCUCAACCCAGCUAAUUGGUGGCAAUUUAACUCUAAAUUUAUUUUUUAUUCCAUCUUCCAAUUCUUACAGUUUUUUUCCUGUUUGACGGUAAAUUUAUUUUUUCCUAUUUUUUCUUUAAUUGUGAAAAGUAUGAUGUUUGAACAUGCACAGAAGGUGUUUAUUAUAUUUACUCCUCUGGUACAAUUUUUCUAUUGACCAUUGUUAUCUACUUCUCUCUUUGGAAUUGGAAUGGCUCAAAAGAUGUAUUCUUUAGUGAUUUUACUGAUCUUUAAUUAUGAUUUAUUACUCUCCCUAUUGCCCUACACCAAGAACAGGAACUAACAAGCACAUUUGCUACUACUCAAAGCACUUGCUGGUUUAAUAUGGAAAGAUAAAAAAGGCCUCAGGUGGAGAGUAUUUGAUGCCAACAUGGCUUCCAAUGUAACAUGCGGUUCAGUGGUAACCUCCGAUCAGAAGCCAGAGCUAGAUCUUUCUCAUGGACUUAAAGGCAGAGGUAAAUGUAUCAUUUACAUGUUUUUUGCCAUGUAUGAUAGUAUGAUACUAUGAUCAAUUUUUUUUGCAUAAUUGAGCAGGUAGAACAUUGAUUUUUUUUAAUUUUUUUUGAAAUUGUUUACUUAGUGAGGGGUGAGAAAUUGUUUGAAUUGUGGGUUUGAGAGUUACUGAGUAUGAUGUUUUGGUGAUGUUGAGUUAUACACUUAUUCUCAGUGUGAUCUCAUUUGCUACUUAACCCCUUAUGAAAUUUAUAUAAAUUAAAUUUGCAUUUUUAUCCCUUUAUCGUUUCAAAAAACUCGAGUAUAUUUGUACUUAGCCCCUCUACUGUGGUGAUAAACUGAACAAGCUUAAUGUUAAACUCCAUGUUUGGAUUUAAUAUAGCCGGAGCCACCACCAAUGUGACAUGCGAUUCAGAUGGUAAGAGGUCAGACCUGGAACUUUCUCAUGUACUCAAAGGUAGAGGUAAAUGUAUGAUUUAGAGGUUUUUUCCAUGCAUGAUACAAUGAUCAAUUCUUUUUGCAUAACUGAGCAGGUAGAUCAUUAAUUUUUUAAAUUUCUUACUUAGUUCCGAGCAGUUGAUCUCAAUUUUCAGGCGUCACUCCAAUCUCUCUCAUCUUAUUUAACACAUUUCUAAUUUCAUUAUCCUUUCCCAUUUUCAUUAUCUGAAAACUUUUCUUUCUUUCAUUUACCUUUUGAAAUUAGUUUAAUUCAUUUCAUUAUCAUUGUUAAUAUUCUUUGUGGUGACACUACCUUUUCUGGUAAAGACCUAUUGUUCUUUUUUGAAUUAUCAUUAUUAUAAAGAAAUUCACUUUUUCCUCUCCACUUCAAUAACGAUUUUCAUUUUCCAAGUUGAAGGCAUCUUGCAUUCAAAUCUAUUCAACUUUCGCCAGAUGUAGUUCGCCGUUUGUGUACCUUUAACGUUGUUACUCUAUCUUACUCUGCAGUUUAGUUUUGGCUUGGAACUUAGAAAAGAAAACUGAAAUGCUCCCUUUGUUUUACAAGCAUGUUACAUUGUAGGAUUAUGAUGUUUUAGUGAUGCUACUUAUGAUCUUAAAAUUUAGAGUAAAUUCCAUAAAAGGUCCCCAGUUAUAGGUCGUUUUACAUAUUUAGUCCCUACAUAUCAAAUAUUACUAAUUUGGUCCCCAAUUAUUAUAUUUAUUUCUACGAAUGGUCCUUUGUUAACAUUUUCAUUAAAACGUGGAUAAAAUUAUAAAUUCACGCUCCUUUCUCUCCUUAAUUAACCUUUCUCCUCCCUUGUACUCCUUUCUUAAACCCGUCGCUGAAUUUCUAGCUUUGAACCCUAAACCAAAAUCAUCACUCUUCUCUCAAUUGUUUGUCUAACUGGAGGAACGAUCAUUUAAAUUUUGGGUUUAAGAGCUUCAAACUCAGCGACGAGUUUGGGAAAGAGUAUGAGAAUAUGAAGAAAGCUUAAUUGAGGAGAGAGAGAAGUAUGAAUAUACAAUUUUAUCCACGUUCUUAACGGAAAUGUUAACAAAGGACCAUUCAUGGAAAUAAAUAUAAUAAUUGGGGACUAAAUUAGUAAUAUUUGAUAUGUAGGGACUAAAUAUGUAAAACGACC